AUGCAAGUCAGAAAGGCUUACGCCAAUGCUCUAAAUCAGCUCAAGGCAAGCGCCUAUGGUGAUACCGACAUUGAUAAGGCUCUCAAGACUGUCUUUAGCGAGCGAAACGCCUCCAAGCCUCGAUGCUCCGUCAUCGUCAUCACUGACGGCCUUGACUGGGGAGUCACUGCCGCCACGAAGACAGUUCAAGAGAAUGUUGCCAACGCCGCUGCAAAAUCUAAACUCUUGCGGGUUUUCGUCUUGGGCCUAGGAGAUGAUGUCUCCCGAGGCAUGUGUGAAGCUUUGGCGCGAGCUGGCUCUGGUGCUACUGCCUAUAUAACUGAGUCGGAACUCUACGACGACCAUCAGACUGAAAAGGCCGAGACCCUCAUCAAGUCUAUAAACCUUGCACCAGUUCGGGUUCGUUCAAUUGAUUGGGGAAUGGAACUUACUCAACCCAGAACGACGGGAGGUUCCAGUGGUAGGGACCAAGGAGGCGGUCGCCGACAACCCAACCAAAGUGAACUUGGUCCCAGAGCCAAAGGCAGCAACCUUCGACCCACAAGCGCACUUCAACAGGCCCCCAAACCUGGGACUAUGUUCUGGGCCAUUCGCAGCUAUUGGUAUGCUAUCAUCAGCGGUACAUUCAAGCCCGACUUCCAGGCCAAGAUAGUGUAUGAGGUUCCUGGUAUGCGCACUGGUCCCAUAACGAAAGAGGUUUCAUAUACCUUUUCAAAACCCCCCAACACUUCAACACCCUCCAACCGUGUCAUCCAUACUCUUGCUGCACGAGCCCUGAUCCAGACGUUUGAAGAAAAAGCGCUUUCGACCACCGAUCCUGAUGAGAAGUAUGCGAACGAAGCUGAAAUCAUCAGGCUUGGCAAGACCUACAGUUUGGCCAGUACGCAGACAUCCUUCGUUGCCACCAUGAACGGAACAGGUAUUCGUACAAACGUUGCUGGCAAUGCCCCUGCUAGUAGCCAGCGUCUAUUGUCAAGCGUCUCCCUCAGCAAUCAAUCUGAUGUUGGGUUCGUAGCCACCCAAGCCCCGUCUGGAGGAGCAUCAGUUGGAAGCUACGCCUUGGCAUCGGGAACAAGUAACAGAUCUUUGGCGCAACCCAGAAUGAUGAGGAUGGCCAUAAGCAGCAACACCUUUGAAGAUCCACAAGACGACCAAUAUUCUCCAGAAGAGGACGAUUAUGACGAGGACGUAAAUGCUGCCGGAGAUGCUGCCGGAGAUAACCUUUCUCUGCUUAUUGAUGCUCAGGAGGGUAACGGUUCGUUUGAUUCAACCGUUGUCGAAGCCAAUGUCUUUCCAAGCACCGGCAUCCCAGAAAUCCCAGCCUUCAUCACAACACUCCAAGGCCGGCAGAAUAUCAAGGAGCAAAUCUGGCUUGCGAUCUGCGUCAUUGCCUUCUUCCAGAAGAAACACAGUGACCGCAGAAAUGAAUGGUCUGAUGUUAAAUCUAAAGCUGAGAAGUUUGUGAAGACGACAUUGUGCUGUAUUUUUGGCCUUGACUCCGGCCAGGGUGAUAGUAUUUUUGACAAAAUUCUGGAUGACGCAGAAGGUUACUUUUAUUGA